GAAGAGAGAGAGUUUGGUCGCGGGGCCGAGCGCGAGGUGGGCGGGGCCGUGGGCGGGGUGGCAGCAGCAGCAGCAGCGUUGGUUGGUGGUGGUGGUUCCCCUCCCCCAACCCCGGAGACUGAGAGGAAGAAGGAGGAGGAGGGAGGAGGAGGAAAACCCACCCGGAGAUAAAGGAGGGCGAGCGCUCUGAGGAAGGCUCGGCGGCGACUUGCACAGGGGCUGUGUGAGCUGAAGGGAGGAGGGGGCUAGGAAAGGGGGCGACGGUGGGUUCCUAGGGACAGGCAGGCCCCACCAGGCAGGAAGGCCCCACUUGCUUCCCAAGAGGCACCCAACGCCCCCCCCCCCCAAGAAGAGAUAGGCAGCACCAAGCACAGGCCCUCAGACCUUCCCCCCUCUGAAAGGAUCCUCCUUUUCAUUCCCACCCAGAAAAUACACGGCGUGUAGGCCUCUGCUUGCACUGGAGUGUCUGUCUGGGAGAUCUCUCGUUUUUAAACCCAUUGCAUAAAUACCCUGCUCUGAAGACCUUCUUUUUAGAAAACGGGGAAGUUAGGGGUGGUUUUUUAAAAAAUAUUUCUGCUAGCUACUGCUCUCCGAUGGGUUCCUGAAGCCAAAGGCAGGGAGCGAAAAGAUAGGGUAGGGUGGGUGAUUUCUUCCCACUCUCCCAUUUUUAAUUUUUUUUACCCUAAUGGAGGAAGAUGGUCCUCCUAGGAAGCUACCUCUUGGACCAUGACAUGAGCUAGGGGAGGGGAAGAAGCCAAGCUCUCAAGAGCCCAAAUCAUCCCAGACGCCUCCCCAGCCACAAUGGCAUCAGAAGAGGCCUCGCUGCGAGCUUUGGAGAGUCUAAUGACAGAGUUUUUCCACAAUUGCACUACUAAUGAAAGGAAGCGUGAGAUUGAGGAGCUCCUGAACAACUUUGCCCAGCAGAUUGGCGCCUGGAGAUUCUGCCUCUAUUUCCUGUCGAGCACAAGAAAUGACUAUGUAAUGAUGUACAGUUUGACAGUGUUUGAGAACCUGAUUAACAAGAUGUGGCUUGGGGUUCCAUCACAAGAUAAAAUGGAGAUUCGCAGCUGCCUGCCCAAGCUUCUUUUGACUCACCACAAAACUCUGCCUUACUUCAUUAGGAACAAACUUUGCAAAGUCAUUGUGGAUAUUGGCCGGCAAGACUGGCCAAUGUUCUACCAUGACUUCUUUACAAACAUCUUACAGUUGAUCCAAUCCCCUGCGACAACUCCACUUGGGCUGAUCAUGCUGAAGACAACAUCUGAAGAGUUGGCAUGUCCACGGGAGGACCUCAGCAUAGCAAGGAAGGAAGAGUUGCGCAAACUGCUCCUGGAGCAGGUUCAGACUGUCCUUGGGCUUCUCACAGGUAUUUUGGAAAGCAUCUGGGAUAAGUACAGUGUCACUGCUGCCACUCCACCACCAUCUCCAACUUCGGGAGAAAGUGGUGACCUUUUAAGUAGUUUGUUGCAGAGUCCCAGCACAGCCAAACUAUUGAACCAGCCAAUCCCCGUCCUUGACACAGAGAGCGAGUACAUUUGUUCCCUGGCAUUGGAGUGCCUAGCCCACCUCUUCAGCUGGAUCCCUCUGUCUACGAGCAUCACCCCUUCCCUCCUCACCACCAUAUUCCAUUUUGCCCGCUUUGGCUGCGACACCCGAGCCAGGAAGAUGUCCUCCCUCAAUGGCAGCAACCAGAACUCUGUCUUGAAUCAAGAACGUGGCCGGCUUGGGGUGCUUGCCAUGUCUUGCAUCAAUGAACUGAUGUCAAAGAACUGUGUGCCUGUGGAGUUUGAGGAGUACUUGCUGCGGAUGUUCCAGCAGACGUUUUACCUCUUGCAGAAGAUCACCAAGGAGAACAAUGCCCAUACGGUGAAGAGUCGGCUGGAGGAACUGGACGAGAGUUACAUAGAGAAGUUUACUGACUUUCUGCGCCUCUUUGUGAGUGUCCACUUGAGGAGGAUCGAGUCCUACUCCCAGUUUCCCGUGGUUGAAUUCCUUGCAUUGCUGUUCAAGUACACGUUUCAUCAGCCUACCCAUGAAGGUUACUUCUCCUGCUUAGACAUCUGGACUCUCUUCUUGGAUUACUUAACCAGUAAGAUAAAGAGUCGUCUGGCAGAUAAAGAAGCAGUUCUCAACAGGUACGAAGAUGCCCUGGUUCUUCUGCUGACAGAAGUAUUAAAUCGGAUACAGUUCAGGUACAACCAGGCCCAGUUGGAAGAGCUGGAUGACGAGACGCUGGAUGAUGAUCAACAGACAGAGUGGCAGCGGUACCUACGCCAGAGCUUGGAAGUAGUGGCCAAAGUAAUGGAGCUCCUGCCAACGCAUGCCUUUUCGACCCUGUUUCCAGUUCUCCAGGAAAAUCUAGAUGUAUAUCUGGGACUCCAACAAUUCAUAGUCAAUUCAGGAACAGGUCACAGGCUGAACAUCACUGCAGAGAACGACUGCCGGCGCUUACACUGCUCCUUGCGCGACCUCAGCUCCUUGCUCCAAGCGGUUGGUCGGUUAGCCGAGUACUUCACUGGGGACAUGUUUGCCGCGAGGUUCAGCGAUGCUCAUACUGUAGUGGAGAGACUGGUCAAGGUAACUCUAUAUGGGUCCCAGAUUAAACUCUACAAUAUUGAAACUGCUGUGCCAUCUGUCCUGAAACCUGACCUGAUUGAUGUGCAUGCACAAUCCCUUGCAGCCCUGCAGGCUUACUGUCACUGGCUAGCACAGUUCUAUGGUGAAGUUCAUCGGCAAAACCCCACACAAUUUGUCUCCCUCGUCUCUACUGCCCUGGAAGCAAUCACUCCACUAAUCAGUUCUAAGGUACAAGAGAAGUUACUGUUGUCCUCCUGCCACCUGCUCGUCUCCUUGGCCACCACAGUACGGCCCGUGUUUCUUAUCAGCAUCCCAACUGUCCAGAAAAUGUUCAACAGGAUCACAGAUACUUCUGCUCAGCGCCUCCCUGAUAAGGCUCAGAUACUCGUGUGCCGAGCGCUCUCAAAUAUCCUGCUGCUGCCAUGGCCAAACCUCCCAGAAAGUGAACAGCAGUGGGCCAUUCGCUCGAAUAACCAUGCUAGCCUAAUCUCCGCCCUUACCAGGGAUUACCGCAGCCUGAAGUCCAGUGCCAUCUUGCCCCAGAGGAAAAUACAGCAGGACGAUACCAAGACAGUUAUCCAUCAGACUCUCAGCGUCUUGGAAGAUAUCGUGGAAAGCAUCUCUGGGGAAGCCACCAAGUCCCGCCAGCUCUGCUACCAGUCACUACAGGAGUCUGUGCAGGUCUCGCUAGCCCUCUUCCCAGCUUUCAUUCAUCAGUCAGAUGUGACAGAUAAAAUGCUGAGCUUCUUCCUCACCCUCUUUCAAGGGCUGAGGGUGCAGAUGGGUGUGCCUUUCACCGAGCAGGUCAUACAGACGUUCCUCAACAUGUUCACCAGAGAGCAGCUGGCCGAGAGCAUCCUCCAUGACGGGAGCACCGGGUGCCGAGUGGUAGAGAAAUUUCUGAGGAUCCUUCAGGUGGUGGUGCAAGAGCCAGGCCAAGUCUUCAAGCCUUUCUUACCCAACAUCAUCUCACUCUGCAUGGAGCAAGUCUACCCAAUCGUUGCGGAGCGAUCCUCUCCCGAUGUGAAAGCUGAACUGUUUGAGCUGCUUUUCCGGGUCCUUCAUCACAACUGGCGGUACUUUUUCAAGUCCAGCAUUCUGGCGAGUGUCCAGAGAGGCGUAGCUGACGAGCAGAUGGAGAAUGAAGCACAGUUCAGCGCCAUUAUGCAGGCAUUUGGCCAAUCCUUCCUGCAGCCUGACAUACACCUUUUUAAACAGAACUUGUUCUAUUUGGAGACUCUGAACACAAAGCAGAAGCUGUAUCACAAGAAGAUCUUCCGGACAGCCAUGCUUUUCCAGUUUGUGAAUGUCCUGCUUCAGGUACUGGUCCAUAAAUCACACGACCUCUUGCAAGAGGAAAUUGGCAUAGCCAUCUACAACAUGGCCUCUGUGGACUUUGAUAGCUUCUACUCGGCCUUUCUCCCGGGGUUCUUGGCCAGCUGCGAUGGUGUGGACACCAACCAGAAAAACGUGCUUGGAAGGAACUUCAAAAUGGACAGGGACCUGCCCUCAUUUACGCAGAACGUGCACAGGCUGGUCAACGACCUGCGCUACUACAGACUCUGCAACGACAGUUUGCCCCCUGGGACCGUGAAGCUAUAGUUCUCGGCACCGACUCUGGUUCGAAUCCCUGUCGUGAGCGGACCUGUGCUCCUCGUGUUGCCGCUGCCUCCGCUCCCCGAUCUCACCAGGCCGGCUGGAUACAGAAGCACCUCCCCUGUGGGCCCCCGUGCCUGGGAGAGCUGCACGCUGUGCCCCCACCCUUGUCCAUUCCCCUUCCAGCUCCUCCUUGCAGCUGCGCUGUGGCAGCUCUGUGUCCUACAGGGUGUCUCCAGGCCCACCUGCAGGCCGUUCCUCUAUAGCUGGAUGUUUUUGUCUUAAUACUGUGGCAUUUGCAGAUUUGCAGGUUCCGGUGACUGGUCUUGUGCAUCAAUCAUGAGGCAGAAACGCCAAAGACUACUUCAGAUGUUCCCACCUUCACAUCAUUCCACCUGCCUCCCUCCCCUCCUGCACCUUGCUGCUGGGGAGGGGAACAUCCCAUCAACUUUUUGUUUUUAAUUGCCUUGAAGCCUCCCCUGCCAUCGGUGGGGAGACAGACGGACAGACAGAGCUCUGUUUUCGUGGGGGUUUUUUUAAAGAAAAGUUUUUUCUCAUCAUUCCAUUGUGAUACUAAAAUGUGCUUAAUGGAAAUAAAAAAAGUGCUUACUUUGUUGUUUUA